CUUUAUGUCCCGAUUCGACUUGUACAUACAUAGCGUACGCGUCAGCUCACUUAAUUGCUGUCCAACAUUCCAGUCUCCGCAUACCACUUAUUUAGUCUUUGUUUUCUCCUUCAAACUAUCGUGGCUGGUAAAGGCCAUGAUUGAAUCCCGCCGAAAACCACGCCCUUGCCCUAUCCAAGUUCCUAAGCUUGUAGGAAGACAAGAGCGCGAAAAUGUCGUGCAGGCUGCUGAGAAAACACCUCCUCUUUCACCAGCAGUUCAGGCUACCUCAUCUCAUACGCAGAGCGAAUCCUUCACAAGAGGAGCACCAGCCUCAGAUCACCCUUCGAAUGUCCAAGGGACACUUCUACCACGAACCUCGCUUCGCCCUUCCUCGACAAUAACUACCCCAACGUCGUUACAGACGACGACCUUACGUAUACCGCAAUCACUUCUAACACCGAGCACAACCCGAAAAGACUCACCGACCGUCACGACAGUUGUCACUGUCACUCAAUCGUUCAGUGCCCCUGGAGCGGAGCCGGAAACGCCUGAGGCGGACGAAAUAGUUUUUAUUUCGCAACGCGUCACAGUGACUGUCGCCGCACCCCAAGUAACAGCUCAGGCCGACAGCAAAGGCAAUCCGCCCGUGCAAAUAAUACCAUCAAAUGCUAAAGUACCACUCAUUGUUAUUAGUGUUCUCGGUGCGAUUGCAGCAGUUGUUGCUCUGGCCAUUGUAAUCUGGAGGCGAAGAGCGAAAAAGAAGAAGCAGAAUGUCGACAUCAUAGAGAAAUCCUGA